AGGAUAGACCGACUAGCAUAUUUCAGUUUACAUCAGUCAACGGCAAACUAAUGGAUGAGAUGAUUCUAAAAUUAUUAUUGCUUCUCUUAUGAAAAGCUACCAUUCAUUUUGAGUUGACUAACUCGUAUUUGCUUAUUUAUGUGACCUAAAAUGUAAUGUAUUAGUUUUACGAUAAGUUUAGCAUUCAUCUAGGACCUGAAGCUUUUUGCACUCACUCAGUUCUGAAGGUUGUUUGAAAGAUAAGAUAAACAUUUGAUAGACUGAUAGACAAGUAGAGGGAAAAAAGUCCAGACUGCUCUGCUGUUUUUCCCCUCCUCUGUUCACCUUAUACGCAUCUGACAGAAAACUAGAAAACAACCUCCACACGUCCCACAAUAAUAUCCUAUGUUUUUAUUCUCUUUUCACCGGUUUCCUCUAUUUACCAAUAUUAUCUAAAGAUCUUGUGUAAUUUCAUUAUAUAUUAUUUGGCAUUUAUCUGAGGGUAAGCGAUUCAUAAAACGUGUUUUUGUCAAAAAAAGAGUAGUUAAAAAAUUUGCCCGCUUUUUGUAUUUCGGUAUCAAACCAUCUACAGAUUAUAGAAAACAUAAAAGCCAUUGAGAGGCCAGCAAGAGUGAAAAAUCUGCAUUUCUCUGGUCCAGGAAUUUGUCUGCUUGUACCGUAUUGUCUUACACCUUUAUUCUUUCACCCACAUUAUGCUUAUAGUGAGGUUUGUGUAGGUGACUUCUGCAGGUACAUUCAUACUGUACUUACCACUGAAUUACCAUCACCCUUGUCAGCCAACACAUCGGCCAAACCUACAACCUGUGUGGGGGCUCAUCCUGAUCGAAAGCUUAAUAGUUGUCAACGAGAUACAAUGCAUAGACUCAACGUGGGUGGAUCUGUAGUAUUGGCCUUCCAGUCAAAAGGUUACAUUUUUAUUUUAUUUACAAAAACUUAUCAUCAUCUGCAGAGAGAAAGAAAGAGAAAGACAAAAAAUGGAGGGAAACACUGUGUGGGUGGAAAAAGGGGUGAGGUGAGGAGACAAUAUACGGUAGAAGCUGCGGAAUGGAAACAAUAUUUAUAUUGUGGGUAAAAGAGGGAUAUACUUGCAAUAAGAAAGAAAGAGAGCGAGAGAGAGAGAGAGCGAGAGAGAGGGAGAGAGAGAGAGAAAGAGAGAGAGAGAGAGAGAGAGAGAGAGAGAGAGAGAGAGAGAGAGAGAGAGAGAGAGAGAGAGAGAGAGAGAGAGAGAGAAAGAGAGAGAGAGAGAGAGAGAGAGAGAGAGAGAGAGAGAGAGAGAGAGAAAGAGAGAGAGAGAGAGAGAGAGAGAGAGAAAGAGAGAGAGAGAAAGAGAAAGAGAGAGAGAGAGAGAGAGAGUGAGAGAGAGAGAGAGAGAGAGAGAGAAAGAGAGAGAGAGAGAGAGAGAGAGAGAGAGAGAGAGAGAGAGAGAGAGAGAGAGGAGCGGAGGCGGGGUGUACGGAGGUUUCCCUUGUCCACUUCCUGUUCUGCCGUUGUUUCAUGGUCAACUUCCUGUCACAUGACUGAGCAACCACAGAUUCUCGCUGCCGUAAACACACACAGUUUGUCUUUUCACUCCCACAAACGCAUGCGCGGAUACAUUUGUGUGUAAAUGCUCAAAAAUUUUGUUUUAGUUAUAGAGGGAUAGAUUUUAUUUGCCAUUGUGAUGAGACAUUUUAAACACAAAAAUGCAUCAAUACAAGAAAGUGCACAAACGUUUUCUCACUCUGACCAACACACACAUGACAGGAAGCUGUGCUUCUCACUCAGGUCGUAUACAUGUACACCCACGCCUUACCUGCCAGUUUGACAACUCUUACGUUCUUUACACUCAAGUCACAAACCACAACAGAUGCUAAUCUCAAGAUAAUACUCUGAGCCGCAAGCACAAUAGGUCUCAUAACCUACCAACAUCUUUGAAGACAACACUCUUCAGUUCUGUAUCUUUUUAUCAUUUGUACAAAAAGUUAAAACUUAGAACGAAGCUGGAUAUAGUCCCUUUUCUGCUCUGCUCAGUUCUUCUGUCUGACAACCAUGAAUGAAAAAGAACAGAACAGGGAUCUAUUGGAAAUUUCUUCAGAUUCUCUGACUGUCCUGUAACUCCUGCAGUGUCUGUGAAGAAUUCUUCAGCUAUUUGAAAUACGUACCCAAACGGACCACAUGGUUGAUCAUACAACUUCCGAGGCCGAGUCUCUCUCUUUCCCUCAUAUGUUUGGACCACAGACAGUAGGUCAAAGGUCAACUCAUGACCUUUACCAGCAUGAAUUAGUGAGUAGCCUGACCCAGUUUGAGGUCUCCAACCAUCACCCAUGUGAGGCCAGUGAUGGCACAGGCAGCACGAUGAAUGGAACGGAUCAAGCAGGCAAUGCAUCUUACUGGGGCAAUAUGUCUCCAGUUUCAUAUAUGGCACUGAACAGGAAUAAGGCCCCUGGAAUGUAUGACACUGUCUGGAAUUCUCACUGUUACCAACAGGGAGUGACAGAGAGUUAUGACACAAUGGGGCCUCAACGACAGAAACUGGAUUCUUUCUCUGAGGCUUUCUGCGGUCGUAGCACCUCGAGAAUACAGGGUGGAGGAGAACAGAAUGGCUUCAACACUCCAUCCAACAACUCUAUACCACCUUCAAAUGUUAUGUCCUUCCCUCUGGUUCUUAGUCCACCUCCAACGCCCCUGCCUCCUCCCUCAUUUUCACCUCCUAAGCGACCAGGACACUGCGUACCUGGGCAGAUCCUGAGCCAGUCGCAGAUGCAAACACAGACAGAUGGGUCACUGCAAUUCUUCCCUCUAUCCUCCCCCUCCACCAGCAGGUUCAACCAUCCCAUUUGGCUCCAGCUGCCAUCUGAAGACACAGAGGGCGUGGACCUAAUACAGCCCCUCUCACAAGAUCCAAAUCCCUCCCUGGUUUAUUCAGAAUAUGCAGGGCCCCAUCUGAAACAACAGUCUCAGCAGAAAAGUACAGACUGUUUACUGUCCUUCAACCAUGCACUGGCCCAACAUCUCCAUCCACAGUCCUGUGUCCAGCUCCAGUUGGGCCACGAGCCUGGGACUUCUGAGGAUCACAUGUCAUGGCCUCAGAUGGGUCAAUCAUCUUCAUCUGGACCUUCUCAACAGCUCAGUCUCCAUGUGCAGGGAUCAGGGUUAGGAGAGGGGUUAAGAUUAAGUUGCGGACCGAACUUCAGCUCUGGGUCCUCGGACAAACCUCUGGGGUCGUCCAACACACAGAAUGUCCCCAUUGCUGUGUACACCGGAGUCCCCUUCAACAGUGUGAUCCAGCUUGGUAGGGAGCUCAUGGAGACCUGGGAGGGAACUGUGUCUCACUGUACACCUCCCCCAAUGCUGAACCCCACUCGCAGUGGAACAGGACUCUUCUAUAACCUGCUGCCCCCCUUAGCUGUGGAAAACAGAGCACUGUGGACUGAUGAAAGGAAAGACAAUGACUCACACAGGUCCAUAAAUAUAGGCCCAGAUUUCCAAGCUGAGCUGCCUGAUCUUUUAGAAGAAUUAUGGCCAGAUGAACCAGUCAGGGAGGAACUGUUGUGGAAACCUUGGCCAGAAUUAGAGCAGAGUGACACCAUUUUACAGCAUGUGGAGAAUCUUUUAGACCUGAGCGCUUCUAGUGUUCUACCAGGAGGUGGUGCCAAUUUGGAACUUGCUCUGCAUAGCCUGUCUCGUUGCCAAGGAAACAUUCUAGAAGCGCUAGAGAUGCUACUAUUCUCCAACUCUGCUCCAUCAGAAGACUACCACUACUCGGGCACUGAUACCUGGACUAAAAGUGAACAAAAACUAUUCCAUAAAGCAUUUACAAUUUAUGGAAAAGAUUUCUCCUUUAUUCAGAAAAUGGUACAAACAAAAACAGCAUCUCAGUGUGUAGAAUUUUACUACAACUCAAAGAGACUUUUAGAUAAACAAAAAAAACAAAUGGAAAGAGAAAAAGGAUGUAAAAGGGAGGAAACAAACACGGUCACUGUUUGUCAGGUUCCUUCAGUCCAGAAGAUGCUAGUUAACCAAACAAGUAUUGAGAGAUUGAUUCACACCCCACCACUUCCCACAAGCUUUCCUUGUAAACAGUGUGGAAAAAUGUUCUACAAGAUCAAAAGUAGAAACGCACACAUGAAAAUUCAUCGGCAACAGCAAGAGGACUGGAGAGAAAAACUCCAGAUACACCCAACUCCGCACCACGGCCUUAACCUAACCAGAGCAUUGCCUCAUCCAAACCAGCAACUCCUAACCCAGACCCACCAUCAGAACCACAUUUUGACCAAAAGCCUUAUUCAGAACCUGGUCCAGUCACAAACCCAGCUGGCAUUUCUCCAGAGCACAAAGACAGAGUUCAUGCCCAAGCAGCAGUACCAAUUAUAUGGCUCCCACCCAAAAUCCACAGAUUGUGCUCAAAGUACUUCUCUCAACACUUCACACUGGACAUCAGACAUGGGUCUCCCUGCACAGCCUAAAGACAGGUGGCCAGUUCUAUAAGAGACUAUAAAAGGGGAUCCAUUUGAGCAUAAAGGAUAGUCAUUCUAUAUGAUUCUGUUUGUUACAUUGGCAAGGCUCACAAAUUUACAAUUUAAUAAAAAGUGUGA